AUGAACAUGUUUGAUCUACGCGGGUUAGCACUCCCCCAAAGCAGUCUAGGGCAGCCCAACCCCUCAAGUUGGCAUAAUUCUUAUUUGUCCGAUGUUCCUCGUUUAAUUGAUUUCAAGUCCGAUGUUUCCCGAUUCAGUGAUUGUCAGUCCGAUGUACCUAGUUUUAUGCAUUCCCAGUUCGAUGUUCCUCGUUUUUUGCAUUCCCAGUCCCGUAGUUUGCUUUUGGCUUAUCAGUUUGGUAGUCAUAAUCUGAUCAAUAGACAUGAAUGGUGCUAUCCCAUGAAAAGAAUAGGGAUAAUGAAUCGAUAUGAAAAUCGAAAUAUGAGACAAUUGAAUGUUCAUACAAGAAAGUUCCACAUUGGUGACUCGUUUUGGGAUCGAUUUCUAAAUGAACUAGAAGCUCUUACCGUCAGUAAAGAAUCAAAGCCUAUCGAAAGAGUAGUCAAACUCCUGGUGGAUUUCGAGAAAACCGGUCAUAUAGAUUAUAUUAUGCUAGAGCAUGAGAUUGAGGAUGUGUCCCUAUUCCCUAAGGAAGGAAAUACCUACAAGGCUGUUGCCCGCUUAAUGAAGAUGGUAUUCAACAUGGAAGAACCUCCUAAGUUAUACAUGCAUAAGAAGUUACCUAGUGUUAUGUAUGACCGGUAUAUAUCUCCCCUCGGUGUGCACACGCUGGAAGCUAUUAUUUUGGUGGUGCUGGGGUUAGCAUUCAGUGGUAUUAAAGUCAGAACAAUGGUAAGAGCAGCAACCUUCAUUGAGUUGUUGGAUACAACAAUUCGAACGCAAGUUUCUAGACUUCAAAAGAAUCCUUUGGAUAAUAAGCCUGAUACUUCCACCCUUAAAGAGAGGAUGUUAGGGGAAACCCUGCUCAGUUAUAUAACAAAACAUGGUAUACUUCACUAUGAGCUAACUCACGAGGGAACUGCAGUAGUUAAAGAGAAAGGUAAGGGUUAUGUCAAGACAAGGCUAAACCUAGUUUGUAACUUCGAGAUAAGUGAACUCCCAGCUAUGCUCAAUCUUCCAAUGGUUUGCAAGCCGGUGGAUUGGCACAUCCCAGAUGGGCGCACAUCGUCUUCGGGCACUAUUCGUGUAUCUGACCUUCAAGGCGGUUACUUAAACCAACCUAACAUGGAAGUGUAUAAUCGCAUUAGUCUUAUGUCAUCCAAAAACCUCGUGAAUUUCAACAUUGAAUUAAAGAGAGAGAAAUGUGAUGAAACGUUGACCUUAUUGAAUGGGCUUCAGGGCCAAGCAUUUCAGAUUAAUAAAAAGUUGUUGAACUUUAUCAAGGGGAAUCGUCCUGCCCUAGAAAAGGAAGGACUGCUUAUGCCCGAGCUACUUGCUAGGGUCAACCCUAAAAAAGCAUUGGAUCUGAUGAGAUCCUUCUAUUUUCAGAAUCUAGAGGGGAUACAGGAAAAGAAUAGCCUUGAAAGCCUCUUGAUGGAAGUAUCUGUUAAGAUACAACAAGCCUUUACUGAGGGUUUAAUACUGCAGGUUGCUUCUGCCUACGAAGGAUAUGAUUUCUAUCUUCCUGCCUUUUUGGAUUUCCGUGGUAGAAUCUACCGUUCGGGUAUAUUGCAUUUCCACGAGCGUGAUUUAGCUAAAAGCCUGCUCUUGUUUUCUCAAACAGGCCGGGUGUUUAAUAACACAUCCUUUCCGGAAAGUCGGGAUAUAAUAGAAACAUCCACCGCUUUUAAAUAUCAAAAAUUCAUGAAUUAUGAGGAGGCUCUGAAAUGGUAUAAAAAUAAGAAAUCUUAUCUCUCGAACUCGUAUGAGAAUAUAAUAAGCACAGCAAAAGAUGCGAGCGAUCCGUUUCAGUUCAUGGCGAAAAUCCUCCUUAAUGAGUAUGAUGAUAAAGAUGAAUCAAAUAGGGUUACGCCUAUAAGUCAGGAUGCAUCUUCCAGUGCUUAUCAAAUAAUGAGUUACUUUUUGCUUAACUACGAAAUGGCAAGGAGUACAAACCUCUUAUCCAGCAAUGAUAACAAGAUCAAAGAUCUGUAUACCCUCAUGCUUGAGGAAAUCAAGUCCUUUUUAAGGGAGAAAAUUGAUGAUAAAAACAUCUUGAACAUCAUACUGAUAGCUAUGAAUAGAAAACUAGUCAAACAACUAUUCAUGCCCAUGGUCUAUGGGAAGACACUCAAAAGUAUGGAACAGGAUAUUAGCGAGCAUUAUGGGGCUUACCUUAGCAGGCGGGAUUCAUCUUCUCUUGCGAGACUUGUUAAAGAGUUCUUUAUCUAUAAGUAUCCCGAUAUUGAUAACUUUUUGAAGUUGAUUGCCACCGUCGGUUGGUUAUGUUCGACUAUGGGUAGAGCUGUAGUCUAUAGCACUCCCUUUUUCUCAACAAAACAAGAUUAUAUGUCUUUCGAUAAAGAAAAGAUAACGGUCACAGAUAGGAAGACCCGAAAGAAAAGAACCAUCACUGUGAAUAUACCAACCACAAAGAGGGAUAAGCGAAAGACAAACACCUCAACGUGCGCAAACUUCAUCCAUCAAAAAGAUGCGUACAUAGCCAUGAAAAUGAUUGAAGCCGUUGUAAUAAGAAAUAUUGAUCCUAUCUACACUGUUCAUGAUAACUUUAUCACUAUACCGCUUUUAGCAAAAGAAAUACCGAAUUUAUAUCUAUCCAUCUUUGAGCAGAUGAAGCAUCCACUUUCAAUAGUGAAUGAAUUUCUCAUAACGAAUUUAGUGAACCCUUAUUACGAGAAAACAAGAGAACACCCACUGCAUUCAUACAAGGGGUUGCUGGCACCUAUACCAGUUGAGGAUCUUCUCAAUUUCCUUAUAGAAGUAGACACAAAGAAAGAUAAAAGGAGAGAAAAGUACCAACUAUUAAUUCAAUAUUACCAGAAGUAUUCAGAAUCGGUGUGGUGCAAGGAAACAGGAGAACAGAAAUGGGGGGCAUUUAAAGAGGAACUUAUUAAUGGGAGGAAAGACAACUUCAGCUUGCAUUACUAA